AUGCUUACAAAGCAGUUAUCUCAGGUAGCCAUAUCUUUGGGCGAACUGAAAAGGAAUGAAGGGAAGCUUCCAGCCACAGUGCAGCAACCUAUAGGACGAGAGAUUGUCAAUACAGUCUCUCUGGAAUCAGAAAUAGUUUGUCAAAGUUCAUCUGUGAGUUUUCCAGCACCUAAACUCGAUCAUAACGGAAGCUUUGAGCCCAUCACCUUCAAUCAAGUCGAAAAAAAAGAAGAGACGAGUGAACAGGUUACUGAGAAGGGGAGGAUGGUCGAAGAGACCAGUGUAAUCCAACCUAGUGAUCUCCCACCAAAGAAGACUGACCCAGGGGUAUUCACGCUCCCGAUUUCUGUCAGAAACAUUCAAGUGGGGCACGCACUGUGCGACCUAGGAGCUUCUAUAAAUAUUAUGUCGUAUUCUAUAUACGAAAAACUGGGGGACGCCAAGCUUGUCCAUACUGAUCUAAUCAUACAGCUAGCAGAGGGAAUUCUGGAAAAUGAAAUCGUCAAGGUGAACAAAUUUGUGUACCCCGCCGACUUCUUCAUCAUCAAGAUGACAGACCCAACAGCGGAGGAGUCCCCUGGAGUCCUUUUGGGAAGGACUUUUCUAUCUACAGUCAGCACAGUCAUCGACGUCGGCAAUGGGGCGAUGCAUCUACAUUUUAAUGGAGAACGACUUACAUUCGACAUCAAUGAAAAUGUAAGAAAGCCGCAAAACGGUGAGAGCAUGCAGUCGGUGGAUACAACCAAGCCUAGGGUGCAGAAGAAUUUGGGAGAGGAAUUCCCAGGAUUUAACAAGGGGGCAUCCACUGGCCCAAAGGGACAACUUAAAAAGGAGGUGGAUGAAUGGUUCGAUCAAAGGAUAACUGAAGGAAUGAAUUAUGAAGCCAUAGAAAAAGCAAUCAUGGAUUUCUGUAAGCCACCACAGUCAGUCGAGCCGAACUGGACAGCUAAACCAGCGGGGGUCGAAAAACCACCUGAUCAAGGCACCCCAGUGGGGAGAAUGCUGAAGGAGAUCCCUGCACCUGCAGGACAAUUACUAUCAUUACCAGAGGCAUAA